CACUUUUUAAAAUUUGUAUUUUGUUUUGCAACAUAAUAUACAUGUAUUAAUAUAUAUUAUUAUAUAAUUCAAAAAAUGCAAUUGAUACUUUUUAUUGUGUUUGGCUUCACACGGUGAACACCUACAUGGCUCAGGUAUAUGAACUGUAGUUUCAAUGAUAAACACACACAGUUCAGUUGCAAUUCGCUCUAUAAAGCCAUUCUCAGAGGUGAAAGAACAUUUUUAUUGAGAAAAAUAAUGGAUUUGGCGUCUACUUAUACCGUAUUUUUCAACACAGACGCACCCAACGAUCACGACCCAUCUUCUCUGCAUUUAUGCACAAACAAUGGGGGCGAAAACAGUGAAAACUGCUUACCAAUUUAUUGGGAAAAUUUAAGCGUACACGCAAUGAUUAAAAAAGACCGGUGGUUACGUUCGAGCAUCACGACUAGAAAACUUCUAUUAAAUAAAGUCGAAGGAUAUAUACCUCCGUGUUCACUUGUCGCCAUCAUGGGACCAAGCGGCGCUGGAAAAAGUACUUUGAUGGCUGCUCUGGCUAAUAAACUUCCAGCCGGAAUUGAACUUGAAGGAAGUGCAAAAAUAGGAAGUCUUUCUGUUAGAAAUUUUGAAAGCCACAAUUUUGGAUUUAUGUAUCAACAUGAUUUAUUCUGUGGAGUUUUAACUGUAAAAGAACACCUUUAUUUCAUGGCUAAAUUGAAACUGGACAGGAGAACAACUGACAAAAAUCUGAAAGCUCGAGUAUUAGCGGUUAUAGAAGAGUUAGGUCUUGGUCAAUGUGCCAAUACUAGGAUUGGGGCUGGAGGAGAAAAUGGAAAGAUAACGUUAUCGGGUGGCGAGAGAAAAAUUGUGUCUUUUGCAACUGAACUUCUUACCGACCCAUCAUUUCUAUUCUGUGACGAACCAACAACAGGGUUGGAUUCAUACAGUGCUCAAAAAGUCAUUAAAGUUAUGCAACGAUUAGUGUCUGAUGAAAAGAAAACUGUUGUCUGUAUAAUUCAUCAGCCUAGUACUGAGCUUUUAAAUGUAUUCAACCAGUUGAUUUUAGUGGCUGAUGGAAGAAUUGCCUAUUCAGGACCACCCAAUAAGGCUAUUUCGUUUUUUGAGAGUGUUGGUUAUCGCUGUCCUGAUAAUUAUAACUCAGCAGAUUUUAUUAUGAAAAUAUUAUCAGAUAGUAACAAAUCUGUAAAUAAAGUUUGUGAUGAAUUUGCAGCAAGUAAACACGCAGAAAUAGUAAAAAAUGCUAUUUCAAAUGAAAUAUAUUUUGAUACACCAAGUUUAUCAGUACGGAAUCACUUAUCACCGUUUUGGCCUGUGAAACUGUACCACCUGACGGGAAGAUAUAUUCUGGAGAAAGUUCGCAACCCCACCAUCGACAUCCACAGGUUCUUGCAAAAAGUCGGAAUCGCUAUAAUGGUCGGCUUGUGUUACUUAGGCACAGUGCAACAGACCCAAGUCGGCAUACAAUCGGUGCAGGGCGUAUUUUUCAUGCUCAUCACUGAGAACUUCUUCACGCCCAUGUAUUCGGUGAUGAAUCAACUGCCCACACAACUGCCCCUGUUCAGGAGAGAGUACACUUCAGGCCUUUACGACGCCCCGACCUUCUACAUCGCCAACAUAUUGUCCUUCAUCCCCACGUUGAUCAUCGAGCCCACGGUGUACACGACAAUCGUUUACUGCAUGGCCGGUAUGCAAACCGAUCUGUAUGGAUAUUUUCUCACGGUAAUCAUCACGAUUCUGGUAAUGGCCGUGUCCACUUCUUGUGGUUACAUGUUCAACAAUAUUUUUGGAUCCUUAUCUUUGGCGUUAACAUUUGUCCAGCCGUUCGACAAUGUGAUCAUGAUCCUAUCUGGAAUAUUUGUGAACCUCAGGAGUGUACCUUGGUUUUUGCAAUGGGUAGUUAAGAUAUCUUGGUUUGAACUUGGGUUCGAAGCGCUUACUAUUCUUCAUUGGCAAAACGUGACAUAUAUUGCGUGUAGCGAAGAUCCGGAUGUACCUUGCCUGAUGGACGGUAGUGAAGUUUUGGAUAAAUAUGAAUUUAAUGUAGCCAAUCUGAUGCCACACAUUUAUUCCAUGAUUUGGCUGUACAUUGGUUUCCACGCCAUAUCAUUUGUGUGUUUCGUAACAAGGGCUCGUCUGAACAAACUGUCCUAGAACGAGAAUUUUAUAUAGGGACUGGUAUUUUUAUAUUUUUUUAAAUUUUAUUAUUUUUAUAUAUUUUUGAUAUCUGCGAAUAAAGCACAUUUUUUUAGAAAAAAAAAAAAAAUGUUUUAUUAAUUUAAACUCAUUCGUAUAAUAAUAUAUUUUGCUAUGUAUACUGUAUAAAUUGGUACCAACUAUGCGUCGCUUAUCCAAUAGGUACAAAAUAUUGUUUUUUAAAACGGAGUAGUUGAACCCUUUAUUUUAUAUCAUUCAAAAGCCAAAUAGGUAUAAAUAUAUAUACAUGCAAUAUGCGUAACAAGGGAGGGGGUCAUCGCUUGCGAAGGGUCAGUUUCGCCUCUUGUUCGCGUUUGUAUUUUGACUGUUGCGACAUUUUUAUAGGUGGGAACCGUAGUCCGAUCGUUUUCUCACAUACCGUCACACUGCGGAGUGAGUCCCUCACCCUUUUUAGCCACGAUAUUACGUAGGUACGUGUGUUUUGCGUAUACACGGGUGCAGCUGCUCCGUCGAUAUUACUGUUAUAACAAUCGCGUCUUAGUCCAUACCCAUUAAUUUUUUUAUUUUUUAUUAUUUUUUUUUUUGCCAAGAGGAGGGAGGUUGAAUCAAAUAUAUAAUAUUA